UUAUUUUAAGAGGCACAGGUAAAUUCAUUAUCUGAAGUAAGGGCAAACUUUCCCUUAAGAAAGAUGGCUGCAUUAUGCUACAAGUUAGAUUCACCUGGAGAGGAAACGGACGUGACAUCACCUGACAUGGUGACGGCACGCUGAAGCACAAUCCUUGGCUAAGGGAGAAUCUCUUGCAACAGGACAUGAGCUCCAGCAGCGGGCUGGUCGUUACACUUACACAUGGCACAGAAAAGCAUACCCUCCUGGUGGUAAGUCCAGAAGAAAAUGGUGAACCUACCUUACAGGACAUGGCUUUGAAAGUGGAGCAAGUCACUGGGGUUCCACUCCACUCACAGAAGCUGAUAUGUAAAGGAAAGUCUUUAAAGGAAAUGGAACAGACUCUCUCAGCGCUUGGUGUGAAAAACGGUUUCAGAAUCAUGUUGAUUGGAAAAAAGAACUGCCCAGAAGAGGAAUCUGAAUUAAAGAAACUAAAAGAUCUGGAGAAAUCCGUAGAACAAAUGGCAACCAAGCUGGAAGAUGUGAACAAGGAACUUUCAGGAAUCCAGAAGGGGUUUCUUAAUAAAAGUCUCCAAGCAGAAGCUCUUAUCAAGCUUGACAAAAGAAUAAAGACAACUGUGGAACAGUUUAUGAAAAUCCUUGAAGGGAUUGAUGCCAUGACAAUGCCUGAGAAUUUCUGUGACUGUAGGCUGAAAAGGAAAGGAUUGGUGAAAAAGGUUCAGGGUCUUCUUGCCCAGUGUGACACCGUUGAAGGAAAUAUUGGUCAAGAAAUAGACAAACUGCAAUCCAAAAAUUUAGCACUGUCCAAGUAACGAUUGCUGAUGUGGUAAUGGAGAAUAACAAUUGCUCUGUGAGCAGGCUCUUGUAUUGGAGCAUCUAUCCAUAUUAUAUUCCGGUAUAUAAAGUUUGUUCGCACUAAUGCAUUAUUUUUUGCAUGUAUGAGAACUUUGUUGUGCUUGUGUCUUGUUCUUCUGGACACAUGAUAAACAAUAAAGGGUAUCCUUUUUUUUA